CGUGUCUACGUGAUUUGUUUUUAAAGAAGUUGUGACAAUGAAGUUAUUGGUUUGUUGCUUGAUAAUUUUCGCACACAUCAAUAAUAACAGCAAAGCUUCUUUGGACAGCUUUGCGCCUACUAAUCUUAAUAUUUUAUUAGAAGAUACUACACGAAAUUCAGAUAAAUCAUGCCAUAGACCAUGUAAAUUUAAUGUAAAACCAAGAAGAUGUCAUUACACUUUCAAAAUAGAGCCAACUAUUCAAGAAGACGGUCGACCGGCCAUCGCUAUCAACGGCUUAUCACCAGGCCCUCCCAUACACGUUUGCGUCAAUGACGUCAUAAUUGUAGAAGUCAAUAAUAAAAUUCCUGAUCAAGAUCUGGCUAUCCAUUGGCACGGAGUAGAGCAUAGAGGAACUCCUUAUAUGGAUGGUGUUCCUAUGAUAACACAAUGUCCUAUUGUCUAUGGUUCCACGUUUAAAUAUGCCUUCAUCGCCUCCACAACUGGAACAUUUUUCUACCAUUCAGAUUCGGUAUCUCAACAAAGUGAUGGCGUCUAUGGCGCGCUAAUCGUGAACCAGCCUCAACCUUUCGAGCCUCAUUCUUCUUUAUACGAUUUCGAUAGAAGUAACGAGCACUUGUUGCUGGUAGCUGCUAAGUUCCCUGAACUUCUCACUGGAAAUUUAGAAGUAAAUAAUUUGCGACCGACUUCCCUCGUAAUUAAUGGAGAAGAUAAUGUGAAGUUAUUCAUGCUACCUGGCUAUGCGUACAGGCUACGAAUGAUAAACGCCUUAGCACUAGAUUGUCCGAUAAUAACGAGCAUAGACCAACACCGGAUGACUGUUAUUGCUGCUGACGGCCGAACGGUGAAACCCACCUCUGCGAAGAAAGUAAAACUGUACCCAGGUGAACGUAUGGACGUAGUUGUUCGGGCUUCGGAAGACAAGGGCGGGUACUGGAUCAAUAUUCGCGGAGAGGGCGCCUGUGCUGGCCUUCAUGCACACGCUAUGUUCCUCUACUCAGGAUAUAACUAUACUUCUAUGUUAGCUGCGGGACAGAAAGAAUGGAAGCAUGAAACAGCUUCUUCACUCAUAUAUGGCCAAAUGUUAGAGUCGAAUCAAGAAAAUAAAUUUCAGCACACCGUAAAAUCGGUAUAUCUGGGUAUUGAUCGCAAUACAGUUAAGUUUCAAGACACUGACAAUGAUUUUCGCUAUUAUUUUGAUUCUGUGCCGAAGAAACCGUUCUUCCCCGCACCUUUAUCUCUUCGUGCAACCGGCGUAGUCCAGAUCAACAACAAGAGUUUCCUGUAUCCUAGCCUGCCUGUUCUCCUGUAUGGAUCUCAAGAAACAGACAACUGGUGUAUUUUUGGUGAAGAGGAGAAAAACGACGAUCCUCAAUGUGUGCUUGUCUUGAAUACAAGGAAAGGCGAGGUGGUGGAGUUGGCUUUGGUGAAUGAAGGUUCUGGUAGCAAUGAAUCCUAUACGUUCCACAUGCACGGUUAUGGCAUGCAAGUGGUAGCAACAGGACAAAGUGCGAAUGGAACAGAAUUGUCUAAAGAGAAAUUCCAGCUACUUGAUAAGGAAGGAAAAAUACAAAGGAAUCUACAGUGGCCUGUAAUCAAAGACACUGUGACAGUACCAAAUAAAGGCUACACAAUAGUAAGGAUACGACCAAAUCACGGUGGCAGCUGGCUGCUGGAAUGCAGGUCUUGUGGCUUGACUCUACCUACAGCAAUACUUAUUAAUGUACCUAUAGCUAUCCCUAAAUCUGUAGUAGGCUCUUUACCGAAGUGCGGUAGCUAUAAGCCUCCAGAUCUGUUGUUAAAUUAAUUUUUAAGACUGAAUAGAUUUAUAUCGAAUGAUGUUAUUAAAUUUGUUAUUUUGUUUUGAAUUUGCUGCUCUUUUGAAACACC